UUUCUUUUUAGGAGGGCGCUGGGGGUGUGCGGUGGCAACGGCGACGUUUAAGGGAUCCUAUUUUAAUAUUUCCUCGUGGGUUCUUGAAGGAUUCCUUUUCUGACUCAACUUUGUGUUUAAGUGGUGUUUUCAGGUUUGGGUUGGUUUUCUUAGCCCUGCUCCCGGCCCUCUCCUUUUCAAGGGUGUGUGGAGUUCAGAGGAUGGGUGGAGAGUGGGCUGGGCCGGAACUGAAUUGGUAGAGGUAAAAGGAGCGGAGGAUCUUCAGUCUCAGCCACUCCGGCCCGCGAGCCCACUUUAUUUUUAGCCGAGGAAAGGCUGCAGGAGGAGGAUUCUUUUUAGGAAGUCUGUUCCUGCCGGCCCCUGAUUUGGGGCUUGGAUGCUUGAGAGCUUUGUUUUCCUCGUUCCGAGGGUGGCCCAGCUGGCUCUGAGUCGACUCUCCCCUUUCAUCCCCCUCCCCAUUUUCUAGCCGGAGAAAAAGGGGAGGUGGGAGAUCAAGAAAGAGAAGGCGAGAGAGCGCGUUGCCUGGUGCGCUGUCAGACAGAGGCGAGUGUGAGAGGAACAGCUGUCUUGCGGUCAGCUCUGGAGUAUGAACCUCCGCGAGGACUGCGUGAGCUCCGGACACUUCAGGACUCCGCAGCUAGUGACAAGGGCGAUCUCUAGCCCUGUCCGGAUCAGAGAACCGUCUCAGACAGCAGGCAGAGUUAAUAUGAUGUCUUCACAGCUCCUCGAUGCAAACUCCAUGGAGAAUCCGGUACUGUUCAAUGACAUCAAAACUGAGCCACCAGAAGAGCUUCUGGCUAGUGAUUACAGCUUGCCCCAGGUGGAGCCAGUUGACCUCUCGUUUCACAAGCCCAAGGCUCCUCUGCAGCCUGCCAGCAUGCUGCAAGCUCCAAUACGUCCUCCAAGACCACAGCCAGCAGCGCAGCCCCUUGUCGUGUCAGCACCAGCAUGCGACACAAGCAAUCCAGCUAACAUCCCUACUGUUUUAGCUCAAGGCUCUAUCCUGGCUUCCUCUCCGGCCGCUGGUGGUCAGCAGAUCUUACAUGUGAUUCACACCAUCCCCUCGGUCACUCUGCCAAAUAAGAUGGGUGGCCUGAAGACCAUUCCGGUGGUCGUGCAGUCUCUGCCUAUGGUAUACACUGCUUUGCCGGCAGAUGGCAGCCCUGCAGCCAUUACAGUCCCACUCAUAGGAGGAGAUGGCAAAAAUGCUGGGUCAGUGAAAGUUGACCCCACCUCCAUGUCUGCACUGGAGAUUCCAAGUGACGGUGAGGAGAGUGCAAUUGAGAGUGGAUCCUCAGCCUUACAGGGUCUGCAGGGACUGCAACAUGAACCAACUGCAAUGGCACAAAUGCAGGGAGAAGAAUCGCUUGAUUUGAAGAGAAGACGGAUUCACCAGUGUGACUUUGCAGGAUGCAGCAAAGUGUACACCAAAAGCUCUCACCUGAAAGCUCACCGCAGGAUUCACACAGGAGAGAAGCCUUAUAAAUGCACCUGGGAUGGCUGCUCCUGGAAAUUUGCUCGUUCAGAUGAGCUAACCCGCCAUUUCCGCAAGCACACGGGCAUCAAGCCCUUCCGGUGCACAGACUGCAACCGCAGCUUCUCUCGCUCCGACCACCUGUCCUUGCACCGCCGGCGCCACGACACAAUGUGAGCAGCACAGGAGGAGCUGCGCUGGUCUCUUUCCUACAUUUGGGUUGAGGUCAAGAUCAUUUUUUCCUCUGACUUCAAUUUGCCUCUGGGAUGGGAUUUUGAGCAGCCUACUGAGCCAGGUUGAGAAGACUGGAGGGAAGCACAGCUGUUUUCUCAUGGACCUCUUCAUAUUCCACCUCCACC